GCGCGGAAGUGGGCCGUAGGAAGAGGAAGUCCCGCCUCUGGCUCUCUGUUCGGGAGGCACACCACGGAGGAGACGGUAGUGGCUUGAAAACGCGGUCACCAUCAUCAUCAUGAGUCUCCUCAACAAGCCCAAGAGUGAGAUGACCCCAGAGGAGCUGCAGAAGCGGGAGGAGGAGGAGUUUAACACGGGGCCGCUCUCCGUGCUCACGCAGUCAGUCAAAAACAACACUCAAGUGCUCAUCAACUGCCGUAACAACAAGAAGCUCCUGGGCCGCGUGAAGGCCUUCGACAGGCACUGCAACAUGGUGCUGGAGAAUGUGAAGGAAAUGUGGACGGAGGUCCCCAAGAGCGGCAAGGGCAAGAAGAAGUCCAAGCCAGUCAACAAGGACCGCUACAUCUCCAAGAUGUUCCUGCGCGGGGACUCUGUCAUCGUGGUCCUGAGGAACCCGCUCAUUGCUGGCAAGUAGGGCCUCCUCCCUGCUGUCAGCACUUUCCCCCUGGUUUUGCGAAGACCUGCCCUCUGUACUUGAAAUAAUAAAACUGUGCGUUUUUUCUAGCA